AGUUUAUUUUUCAUUGUUCUAGAUGCUGGAUCCCAGCGUGAAUUUAACACUGAAUGUUUCUGCAAAAUGGAUCAUAGAAGCGUCUAAAGGCAUCCAACAACCUAAUGUUCUUCUUGAAAAAUUCUCCCAGAACAGGAAAGUCGAUGACCCGACUAGAGCACUCUUGCUUACGUUUUAUGGUAUCCUGGUAGUUAUCGGUGCUGUGGGAAAUGCUCUUGUUGUUAUAUCGGUAGUAAGGAAGCCAGUGAUGAGAACAGCAAGGAACAUGUUUAUAGUCAACCUCGCUGUCUCUGAUGCAUUGGUUUGCUGUGUUGGUACCCCUCUCACGCUUAUGGAACUUUUGACCAAACAUUGGCCUUUGCCAGACUGGCCAAGCUUGUGUAAAGCUUGCGGAGCUAUUCAAGCCAUAUCAAUAUUCGUCUCAACGAUAUCCAUCACUGCCAUUGCCUUGGAUAGAUAUCAGCUUAUCGUCUAUCCAACGCGACCAGGACUCCAAACCAUGGGUGCAUUAAUUACAAUGUUCUUCAUUUGGUUAACAGCCUUUACACUUGCAUCACCCCUCUUCAUAUUUAGAAGCCUAAAGACUCACAAACUAGGCUUCAUAGGAAUGGAUUCCAUAAGUUUUUGCAUAGAAGACUGGCCGAUAGACAACGGAAGAGCUAUCUACUCUGUAUUCAGUUUGAUCUUUCAAUACUUACUCCCCGUAUUAGUGGUAGUAAUUGCGCACGUGCAGAUUCAUCGGAGGUUGCGUGGGAGAAGACGGACGACUAGAAAAACUCCGGCAAUCUUGAUAGCAAUAGCGGUCACAUACGUUAUUAGUUGGUUGCCGUUGAAUGUGUUUAAUUUAGUAGCAGAUUUCAGCCCGGAACCCAUUUUGGACGAGAAACCAAUGACAAUAACGUACGCAAUAUGCCAUAUGUUCGGUAUGUCGAGUGCAGUGUCCAACCCUCUACUAUAUGGAUGGUUGAAUGAUAACUUUAGAAAGGAAUUCGAAGAGAUCCUAUGCUGCUGUCGUAAGAAGGGACAACUGAAGAAUAAUAUGAGGAUUAAGAGCAGAAAGAUGGAGACAGAGUUGACGGCGCUGCAGUUAGAACACACAGUGACCGCAAACACGAAAACAUCCCAAUGCUCCCAGAUUUUCUGACUAAAGACUUGCUUUAAAUAGCAGGAAAGUAGCAGUGUUGAAAUGCAAAACAUAUGAACUUACAGUGUCAAUUGGAAAUGACUAAAGUUUUGUUAAUACGGUGUAAAAAGUUCCUUUGUUAAUUUUUCAUGUUAAUAAUGUAAUAUAUGCGUAAGUUUGAAUAAUUUCUAUAGAUGUAAGAUUAUAUUAUAAUAUAUAAUUAUGCAUAAUUGUAGGUCUUAAUAUUGUACUAUACGUUUUUGAGCCCAGAACGUAUGGUACCAAUAUUUUAUAGAAAAAAAAACGACUUUGUUUUUUUAUAAAUAAAUCGUUAACUAAAUCGA